AUGAGCAUCCGAGGGAUGCUGCGAGCCGCCGUGCUUCUGCUGCUCAUCAGAACCUGGCUCGCAGAGGGCAGCGACCUCAGUUCCACCCCGAAAUUCCACUUAGAGCUCUCCUCCACCGUGCCCGAAGCCGUCCUGAACCUCUUCGACUGCAAAAAUUGUGCAAAUGAAGCUACAGUCCACAAGAUUUUGGACAGGGUGCUGUCGAACUAUGAUGGCCGUCUGAGGCCCAAUUUUGGAGGCACCCCUGUGCCAGUGGGAGUGUCUAUCUAUGUCUCCAGUAUUGAACAGAUCUCAGAAGUGACUAUGGACUAUACCAUUAGGAUGUUUUUUCAUCAGACCUGGAAAGAUCCACGUUUAGCAUAUCAUGAGACCAACCUGAACUUGACCCUGGACUAUCGGCUGCUUGAGAAGUUGUGGGUCCCUGACUGCUACUUUCUAAAUAGCAAGGAGGCUUUUGUUCAUGAUGCAACUGUGGAAAACCGCAUGUUUCAGCUUCACCCAGAUGGAACCGUGCGGUAUGGCAUCCGGCUCACCACCACAGCAGCUUGUUCCAUGAAUCUGGAAAAAUUCCCUCUGGACAAGCAGACCUGCAAGCUGGAGGUGGAGAGCUAUGGCUACACAGUUGACGACAUCCUGCUCUACUGGGAAGGCAGUGGGAAUGCCGUCCAGGGGACAGAGAAGCUUCACAUCCCUCAGUUCAGCUUCCUGGGAAAGACGAUCAGUACCAAAGAGGUGUUUUUCUACACAGGUUCCUAUGUGCGCCUGAUCCUGAGGUUCCUGGUCAAAAGGGAAGUCACCAGUUACCUUGUGCAGAUCUAUUGGCCCAGCGUCCUCACCACUGUUGUUUCUUGGAUAUCAUUUUGGAUGAACUAUGAAUCUUCUGCAGCCAGGGUGACAGUCGGUUUGACUUCAAUGCUUAUCCUGAACUCCAUCAACUCACAUCUGCGGGAUAAAUUCCCCCAAUUUUCCUGUAUCAAGGCCAUUGACAUCUAUAUGGUCGUAUGCUUCUUCUUCGUGUUCUUUUCCUUGGUGGAGUAUGUCUACAUCAACUACCUUUUCUACAACCGAAGAGGAUCCCGGCAUUCUCAGAGGCAACUCAGAAGAGCCCUAAGAGUCAUGGAGCGCUACCGCUACCAAGAGGCAGAGCAGCACCAUGUGCACAAGAGACGCUGGGAAGAAGAGGCAGUUUACCCAGUGGACGAGCCCAUCAAUCGUGCUGAUGAGGAAAGUCGUUCCUCUCCUCCCUCCCCAACAGUGGUUGUUCAUACAGCAUUCAAUGACCAGGUUCACCUAGAAGAUGAAACUGACUCUCCUCCCUCCAGCCCACGGUGGGCCGGCCUAGCAAGCCCAGAAAGCCUUGGCUCUUUGACCUCCCUCACAAAGGAAGCACCACUGGCCUCCUCAGAAAGCCUCAGUUCACUGUCCUCUCUCUCUGAUGGGGCCUCGCUGGCCACCACAGAAAGUCUGAAUGAUCUCCCGUCCACCUCAGAGCAGGUGGUGCAUGAUGACGGCAUUCGAGUUAAUGGUAUUGAUGUUGAUAACAGUGUUGUUCCCACCAAAAUCUGCAACCAUGCUGAGGCCCAUGGCUGUGCUGAGACCCAUGACCCAGAAGAAGACCCUGAAGAGAGCUCUGACUCCGAUGAGAGUGAAGACAAUGACCCCAGCAAGAAGCGUCUGCUUGUUCAUGGCCAGAAGCGUGUGCAAGAAGCAACCUAUGAGCUUCAGGAGAUCUGUAACACCCUUCGUGAUAUCCAUAGCUUACCCGAUGAUGUCAGAGUUGAGAGCGGCUACCUUGACCUUGAGGAGCAACUCAAGCGUAAAGUUGACAGUACCCGAAGCCUCCAUAGUGAUGAUUUUAUGGACUUUGAUGGAGACAAGGAGACCAACUCAGAGUCUGAUGACAGUUUUCCCCCAAGCCCUGGCUGCUCCUUCAGUAAAGGGUUCUCCUCCGAUCUCUUUCACCCUGACUACAUCCCUAAGGUUGACCGAUGCUCCCGGCUCCUCUUCCCUCUUGCCUUUGUGGUGUUCAACAUUGUGUACUGGGUGUAUCAUAUCUAUUAG